AUGCAUGUACUUACCUUGUUAGCACUCUGGAUAUCCAGCGGUGUUAUGAUGCAGGGCUUUGAUAUCGUCGCGGGAAGUCAAUUGGUAUCGUUGCCCGCAUUCCGAAAGCAAUUUGGUAUUCUUGAGCCGUCGGGGAACUACCUCGUCCCAGCGUAUUACAUAUCGGCUUGGAGCUCGAUUGCCCCAGCGUGUGAGAUUGUAGCGACCUUUAUUGUUGUUCCCUCGCUGGAGAAAUUCGGCCGCAAGCCGGGAAUUCUGGUGGCAUCGAUGAUAUCUGUUGCCGGCGUCCUCCUGCAGCAGUUGGCCACAGAUUGGCGAGCGCACCUUGCCGGCAGAGGGGUCAAUGGAAUCGCCAUUGGCAUCAUGUUUACUAUAUCGCCUCUGUGGAUUGGGGAGACAUGUCGACCAGAGCUACGGGGUUUCUUCCUGUGCUUCUUCAAUACGAGCAUUGUGCUUGGUCAGUUUGCGAUGUCAGUAUUUCCUUUACCUCGGGUAUGUAUCUACUGUUACUGA